AUGGCAUCGUUAAAAGUGUAUUCAAUAGGCAGAUUAGCGAGAUAUGUUACAGAUUCAACGUUACGAAAUUUACGAACCAAUUUUUACAGAGAGUCAGUUCGCUGCUACAGUGCUGAAGAAAAGGCAGCUGAAGAACCAGAGAAACAGACUAAACAACUACCAAAUACUGUAGAAGAAUGCCAUAAACAUAUUGAAUCACUUAGCACAGACCUUAAUACACUUAAGGACCAGGCCAAAGAUUAUGAAGACAAAUACAAGAGAGCACUAGCAGACUGCGAGAACGUGAGACGGAGAAUGAUGAAACAAGUGGAAGAUGCCAAGUCCUUUGCGAUACAGAGCUUCUGCAAAGAUUUGCUUGAUGUAGCAGACACAUUAUCCGCAGCAGCUGAGAGUGUGCCCGAGGGUGCAGAAGGUGGAGCUGGUGCAGCACUACGUUCUUUAGCUGAUGGUGUCAAGUUGACCCGAGCGCAACUCUCACAGGUGUUUGCUCGUCAUGGUCUUGUAGCAGUGUCGCCACUCAAGGAGAAAUUCGAUCCCAACUUGCAUGAAGCACUAUUCCAACAGGAGGUGGAAGGUGCAGAACCUGGCACAGUGGUGACAGUCAGCAAAGUAGGCUACAAACUGCAUGAAAGAUGCGUCCGGCCUGCCCUAGUCGGUGUAGCUAAAUGA